CACCGGAGCGGGCGGAACUUUCAGUCCGAACUUCAUACUAUUGUUUAGCAGCUGGCCCACUAUUUAACAUUUGUCACCGUUUAAUUUAGCACUAAGGAACACCUCUAACGUCUUAACCUCUAAAGUGUUAACCGACAUUUAUAUAGUGUUGUGACGUGGUUAGCUGUAUUAGCUUAGCAGGCCAACUUCUAAUUGGAGCUACAGCUAAGUUGUCUUUUUAGCUAACGGCUAACAGGAGCGAGACUAGGAGACAAGGAGACAAGCAUGAACUGCCCCCCCACCAAGCGCCUUCGAGGCUCGAACCAGGAUGUAGUGACGGCGGUGGCCUUCAAUGACCCGUUUGGAGAUGAAGACGAGUUCACCCAGGACGACUUGGAUGAGAUGGACAUCAUUGCGUCGCAGGCCGUCGCCGCGGUUGCUGCACCUGCACCUGGGCUUGAGAUUAAACCGGGACCCAAACCGAUGGAGCUGGCCCGCGGGUCCAACUGGCCGGCAGGGCAGAACAAAUCUGUGAGCAGAGCCACAACCAAUCAGAGUAGCGAGAACACAUUUGGGUUCAGCAGCAACAGAGGGAAUGCUGAGAUACCAAGCAGAGAGCCUCUCGGUAACCACCAGCAGCGGUUUGGGUCGGACAGAGAAGACUCACACAGUCUGCUGGAGGCUCAGCAUGCAGAGCUGAAGAGGAAGCUGAAGGAGGUGGAGGAGGAUAUCGUGUUGAAGAGCGGGGAGAUCCGGGUCCUGAGGGACUCUCUGAAAGGAGCUCAACAGGAGAAGGAGAGCCAGAGGCAGAACCAGAUCCUGUUGGAGACCCAGAGACAGAGAGAGCAGAGCGACAGGGAGAAGGAGCUCAGCAAGAAGGUUCAGUCUUUGCAGUCAGAGCUGCAGUUUAAAGAAGCAGAGGUCAUCGAGAUGAAGACCAAACUUCACAGUUCAGACAAAAUCAAGACGGCUUCUCCACUGCCUAGAAACAGUCCUAAAGUGCUUAGCUGUCUUGCCCAGAUGCAUCAUGGGAGUGGCAGCAGCACGUCCUCUCCAACAGGAAAUGGCUUCAUCACCAAGGAGACGUUUGGAGCCCACGUCCCAUCCACAAUGACGCCGGUGAAGACACGGAGAGGCGCAGACAGAGGGGGGUUCAGCAGCAGAUCUGGGGACAGACAGGAAGUGUCUCACCCAGACCCCUUCCUGUCCGUCAGACCUGCACACCUGCAGCACCGAGGUGGCGUCCUGCUGGGGUUGCUGCUACAGCAGCCUUUGUCUCCCAGCAGCCUCUGCCUGUCUCACCUGCUGUCCAUGAGUCUGACUGACGUCCACCUGACAUCCAGCGAGUCUGCAGGUUUUCUGCUCCACUCUGACGCUGCUGUCGCUGUCAGUGGGGGUGAAGGUGGAGCUCCCAGAGCUGCUCUGAGUCCUCUCCAGAGUCUGGCUGUAACUGGACUCAACACGCUGAGUCAGAACCGACCAGCAGCUGCAGACGGCAGAAACAAAAGGUCGUGUCCCGGAGCCGUCCUCUUCCUCCCGCUGUUGGAGCUUCACCUGUCUCGACUCUGUCAGGCUCUGGACUCCCUCCGCUCCGUCUCCGCUGGCAGCUCACUCCCAGCAGGCAGUGCUGCUGGACUGGGGAGACUGGAUGAGGCUGUUUUGACUGGUUUCAGCGUGGAGGACACUGGUUUGGCUGCUCUGAGGCUCCUCUACCUGUUGGUGGCCCACAGUGACGAGGUGGUGGAAGCUGUGUUGUCAAAGGAGAAUCAGAGCAGAGUUACAGACAUAAAGACUGAACACUCUGCUGCAGGUGUGGGUCUGUGCUCCCAGAAUGCCUUGCUGCAGUCAGUGUUGCGGCUGUGUGAAGCGGGGCUUAGCGGUGGCGUUGGUGUUGGUUCUCAGAAUGAGGAACUCGUCCUCGAUGCCAUGAAGACUCUGUGUGUCCUCAUCGAGAGGACGCCACACACGCAUGCCGGCAGGUUGCAGUGUGUGUUGCAGGUGGUGUGUGUGUGUUUGACAGCAGAAUGCCGGUGGCAGACAGUUUCGGGGAGUGUGUCCGUGCUGGCGUCCAUGUCCGACCACCAGACGCUGGCUCAGCAGCUCUGCUCUCAGCACGACCCGUGUAUUUUCCUCAAGUUGUUCCAGUUCAUCAGAACCAGACCAGACAACCAGGCAACACACACAGACUGGAUUCUGCUGGACCUGCAGGUGGUUCGUUUGCUGAGCAGACUGAUGACUCAGCGAGCAGAGAGCUGGACCAGCAGCCAGCACAGCAGCUGUCAGUGUUACACUGAGCUGGUUCAGACAGUGGUGAUUGUUUUCCAUCGUCAGUGGUUGGAUCUUCGUGGUUCUCAGGAUCCGACGGACUCAACAGGCCUGGCCCCGCCCUCGCAGAAGUGCCCCGCCCCCUCGCUGCCGUGGUGGCGUGGCCCGGCAGCGUCUCUGCUCAGAGAGUGUCUGUUGCUGCUGCACUGGCUGCUGCUGCAUCACGGCAGCUUCUCUGAGAACUGCCGGCCGCUGCUGCACAUGUACGACCAGGUGAUCCCCGCCGUCCGAGACACGCUGAGGAAGAUCCCUGAGCUGAGCGAGAGCGAGGAGCUGGCGUUGGAGGAGAUCUGCCGCUCGGAGGGCGACGACACUGAUGACAUGGACACUGAUGCUGGCUCCUGAUUGGCUGCUGCCACUGACUCCACCAGUGAGCGAACACAAAAGACAGUUUACUGACUGCUGAAUGGAUAAUUCAGGCUGAGAAGAGGACAGAGCAAAGACCGAAGUGGAUGUUAGAGAGAAAAGUGAGAGGAUUCAUUCUGCUGUCUGAGAUUUAACAAUAAAAUGUAAAGGUGAGACGAACUGCUGCUGUCAGAGUUCAUGUUCAGUGUGUUUCUUUCCUUCUUCCAGUCUCUCUGUCUGUACUCUGGUGUAUCUCUCUGGUUCACACCUUUAUUUAACUUUAUUAAUACUUUCUUCUGUUGCUCAAUAUGCAGCAGCAGUUUAGUAUCUCAGUGUAAAGGUGUAAUCUUGAAAAUGGUGAGAAGAACUCCUGCACACUGUCUCGCAUGCUGCUGAAAUUUGACUAUAUUUCAAGAUUUUAUUUCUCCAAUGAGAAAGUACGUUAAAGGAGCUGUAUUUAACAUUCUGACGAUUAAUAAAGCAGCAAACCACGAUUAUCUAUGUAAAGAUGUAGAGGAGUAAUGUCUACCUGAGUGUCUACACUCUAUGUGUGUUGUUAACCGAGCUUCUCCUCGCUAACACCAGUAAUAAAACAUUGAAAACAAAAACAGUUCGGGACCAGAACAGCUUGUGAAACAUCUUUAUUUAUUCUUCUGCUGUAACUGAGGUCUGAGUGACGCGUUCAUAAGAAGGCAUCCUAUUGGCUGGCUGCAGGUCUGUUGGGUUGCAUCGGUCAGUCGGAUAAACACAAGACUGGAGUGUUUAUUAAAAAUAUGAUUAAAGUGGUUCACUCAAGAUUAAAACUUAAUUAUGAUUCAACACACGGUGCUUUUAUGAG